GUGUUAUUAUUUUUUACCUCUUUAAUGAUGGCCUGUGGUUGGGGUUUUAUGUUGAUAGGAGGUCAAACUAUAAUUCUUGAGUUGGAGCUUAUAUCUGUUUCUAGAACCAAUUUUAGUAUUAUAUUGAUCGUUGAUAAGAUUAAUUUAAGGUUUAGAAUAGUGGUAACUUUAAUUGCUGGUAGUGUUUUUACAUUUGCUCAUAAAUACAUAGAAGAAGAUCACAAUAGUGAUCGUUUCUUAUGAAUUUUAAUGGCAUUUGUAAUUAGAAUAAAUUUAUUAACUUUUUCUGGGUCUAUUUUUUUUCUUUUAUUAGGUUGAGAUGGGCUUGGAAUUACUUCUUUUGCCUUAAUUAUUUAUUACCAAAGUUUCGAGAGUUUAAGGGCUGGAUUCCAAACUUUAAUAGUUAAUCGUUUAGGGGAUGCUCUUAUUAGUUGUGUCUACUCUUCCUCUUUCGUUUUAGUAGGUCAAUUUUCUUUUAUUUCUCUGAGGGAUAAUUUCAUUUCAGUGGGGUUGGUGUUGAUACUUUCUGUGGCUGCUUUAACUAAGAGUGCCCAGUACCCUUUCAGUUCCUGGCUUCCAGCUGCUAUGGCGGCUCCCACACCCGUUAGUGCUUUAGUGCAUUCUUCUACUCUAGUAACUGCUGGGAUUUAUUUAAUUAUUCGUUUAAGAUAUAAUGUCCCUUUAAGUGAAGAGGUGAAAAGAAUGUUGCUUUUUACUGGAGCUAUUACUUGUUUGUUAGGUGGUUGAGCUGCCACUUAUGAGAACGAUAUUAAAAAAAUUAUUGCUCUAUCUACCUUAAGCCAGUUAGGUGUUAUAGUAUUCAGGUUGGGACUCGGCUUUCCUGGGUUAGCUCUAUUUCAUUUAUAUACUCAUGCGUUAUUUAAAGCUCUUUUAUUUUUAGCUGCAGGUAACAUGUUAAUGGCUACUUAUGGUUCUCAAGAUAUCCGUCUUAUAGGGGGAAUUGGUAUGGCUAUACCUUUUACUAUUAUCAUAUUUAAUGUUAGAAGUUUAUGUUUAGUAGGGGCUCCCUUCUUAAGGGCCUUUUAUUCAAAACACGUGAUUCUAGGGAAAAUAGUAAUAAGUAGUUUAAAUCUUUCUUCUAUAGUGAUUAUGUUUGUGGCCACCAUAAUAACUGCCAAAUAUGUUUCUCGAAGCCUAAAAGCUAUUUCGUGGAAUAAGCCUACUAGUUCAAUUAUGGCUGUAUCUUCUAAUUUUUAUACUUCUUUUCCUGUUACUAUUUUAGGAAUUGGAGGGAUUGUUAGAGGGAAAUUUUUAAGAAUAAUCGAUUUAGGAAAUUUAGAGUUGGCUUAUAUCCCUAGUCUUUGAGGUAAUAUUAUUAAUAUUAUCACUUUAGGAGGGAUCACUUUAGGUUUAAUUCGAGGUGCCCAAGUAUUAUCUAAUCACUAUUUAUCUAGUAUAUUUUUCUUACCUCCGUCGUUAGUUAGGUCUAAGGCUAGCGCCUUUAGUAGAAAAGAAAUAUCUAGAUUAGACUAUGGAUGGUUAGAGCCUUCUUUUAGAGCAAAAAACUAUCAUAGUAAAUUCGGGUCUGUUCUAAGGGAUAUUGGAGUAUGACCUCAAAAACAAUCUUUCUUUAUGGCAGGCUUAAUUCUAGCUUUUACAUUAGUCUUUGUUACUUCAUCUUAUUUCUAG